UAGAGCCUUAACGAUUCAAAUUUUUCUUCAACAAUCUCAAGUCAUGUGUAUGUCAUACAUUUGUCAAAAUGACCGGAUAAUAAUGGCUGAACCAAAGCCAUAUUUAAAUAUACAAUUCACAGAAAUAGAUUAGAGAGACGCUUAAUUAUUCACAAAAUUUAAAAGAAAUGGGAAAUCUCACAGCUAAAGAUACACGACGCAUUAGUUUUGAUAAUACCGUUACUAUGAACAAUGCGCUUUCUAUACCUAAACGCAUGCAAGAUGAUGAUAUUCUUGAAAUAGAGCCUUUAGAAACGAAAAAGUCUGAUCUAAUGUCUAGUAAAGAAUCUAUUGAAAUAUCAAAAGACGAGCAUGAUUAUUGGGCAUAUCGAAUAGAAAUUCUUAAAAAUGAACAUCAAGCUAUCAAUAAAAUUAUCGAAAGAGAAUACGAAACUACAAUCGAGAAAACCAAAAGUAUUAUUGAUACAAAUCCAAAAACCUUUGAUGAAAAAUUUAAAAAAGUGCAACGGUGUUUUAACUGGCGUUCUAAGAUAUUGAAAUGUUACGAAGACAAUCCACAUCAACCAUUAUUAUGUUCCGCAAAUGUUGAGGCGUUUUGUAAUUGUGUUGCGUCAUUUUAUUUUGAAGAAUAAAUAUACAGACAUUUUUUGUUUUAAUAAACUCA